GCUUUCUCUGUUGAUUUUUAAAUCCCUUACAACUUUGGCGGCAAUUUUGUGCUUGUGUUCUUAAUCCAAUAUUUCUAGAAUUAAAAAUGUUUCCAAGGGGUAAGGGUGCAUCCAUUGUGUGGAAUUCACAUUUCCUAUUGUUUUUUACUGUCACAAACUGCAAUAUGCCAGCAGAGCUUCUACAGAACUAAAGCGCAAGGAAUAAGGAGACAACGACUUUCAGAAACCUUGUUGUUCCUUUGCGACUUAUAGAACUCUAACCAUCCUUGACGGUGAUUUUGUUUUGUUUCUUGGCUUUUAUCGGCCAUUUCCUCCACCCACCCUGCUUCGCGUGAGUUUUUCUGCUACAUAUUUAUUAAACUACCCUUUCAAAAGCCUCCAGAAUAAGUUUUGUUAUUUUCCUGAUACAAAAGCAAUAGUCUUCAAUUUAAUUUCUUUUCUGUAUAACAUGGCCUCCUUUGCUACUGGCGACAAUACAAGUUCUGAUUCCAGUUCGGAUACUGAAUCUGUAUCCAGUCCUAGCAGCAGUAACUCCCUAUCGGGCUUUGAGUCAGAUGCUUCGACGGAAACUGAAACUUCCGACAGCGAUAGUAGCAGUAGUAGUGCCAAUAGUACUGAUGAUGAAAACACAACUGGCAGUUCCACAUUGCAAGAGGCCACAAACAGCAGUGGCUAUGAAACAAAUGAAAAGUUGGAAUUACCUUUAUUAAAUCCCCGCAAACAACGUGCCCGCCUAAUACAAAAUCUUUUGAAAAGAAAUGCCCCAGAUGAAGAUAAUGGUGGAGACGAGGAUGGUGAUAAUGGUUUGGAAUGUUCACUUUGUAUGCAAAAUUGUGAAAUGUCAGGAGAACAUCGCCUAUGUUCUCUGAAAUGUGGACACUUUUUCGGUGAAUCCUGUAUACGAAUUAGAUUAAAAGAAUCUGCGUGUCCAGAGUGUAAAACAAAGGCCCGGCAAAGACACAUACGUUAUUUGUAUGCCAAACGAUUAAAGGUCAUCGAUCGCAGUGAGGAACAACGUGUACGAGAGCAGUUAAGACAAGAACGAAUUAGGACACAGAUUUUAGAAUUUGAAUUGGAUUCCAUGAAAAUGUCCUAUGCGGAUGUUAUGAAGAAAAUGCAACAGCUGGAGGCUAACCAUGUGACACUGAGGGGAUCGUUAGAGAGGAGUGAUGUGGAAAGUUCUUACGAGAAACUGGAGGAGAAUGUAAUGGCUAGUAAUGGUGAUAGUGGUUAUAGUUUAGUUUUAGAUAGGAACAUUGCGAUAUCACGCAAACCCUGUUGUCGUAUCAUGAAAUAUGCCGAUAAACAAACCAAAUUAAUUGUAUCUCAAAAAGGUUUCUUUCCCGGCUACGGGCUGAGACUCAUGAAUGCCCCCAGUUUUGAGUCAUCCAAUUAUUUGUAUACCUCCCAGAAAAUGGUGUGUGACAUAACAAUGUCGGCGGAGCAAAAUUUAAUUGCUGUUGCCAGUAAAGAGAGAUCUUCGAAACUUUUUGAUUUGAGAAACUAUCAGGCCGUUACGGUAUUUAAACCAGGAAAGGUUCCCAUAUUGUCAUGUGCCAUAUCAUCUUGCCAGGGUAAUGAAAAUGAAUUAUUUUUGGGAUCCCAUCAAGGUUGUAUCUAUGUAUAUGAUAUACGUAAUCCUGGAAAUUAUCGUCAGGAACAUAAAAUUGUGGAAGACACCACACCUGUGAUACAAAUUGAAAUUGUUAAAGAGAGUUUGGACUUUCCCUGUGGGGGUUUUAUCAUUUGUCAAAAGACUUCUUUGUGGUUUUAUGAAAUCAGGCAUAGUCGAGAAAGUGGUGUCCUGGCCACAUGUUUAAUAUCCCAGGAGAAUAUCGUAUCCAUGAAUUAUAAUAAAGAGGCGCAAACAUUGCUUGUGCAGCUGGGUACUUCCCUUAGACAACAUCGUAUGCGUCACAUUUUGGGAAAGUUGACAAAAUUGAAUGCUACUCCCACAUUGCAAAUUCUCGAGGUGUAUUAUGCCAAAACUUCUAGUCCCGUGACUUCGAGAUCUACACAAAUUAGGUUAAAUAAUAAUAAUAUUGUGGCUGCUUAUGCCCAGGACCAAAAAUUACUUUCUUUGUUCGCUACAAAUGAAACGAAUCAGCUGAGCAUACAAUCAUAUCCUGUGACAAAAAUAAUCUAUGAUCUCUGCCCCAUUUAUAUGAAUGACUUGACAUAUUUGGCGGCAUUAAAUAAAUCCAAAUGUUUUAUAUAUAAACUAAGUAAAUCGGGUAGUUUAAUGUAGCUUAAAUUUUAGAGGCUAAGAUUAAGGUUAGGUUUUUUUGAACCUAACAAAAUUGUAUUAAUUUAAUUAUUUUUUAUAUAAAUUUAGUGAUAAAUGUGGAUGUAAUGUGCAUGUUUUUUGACGUGUAUAUGGAAAAUGUGAAGAAAAUAGUACAAAUUUUGAAAAUUACAUGAUAAGGUAAUUUUUAGGUUAGGUUGAAUUUUUUUGUAAUUCAAAAUGUGGCAAUAUUAUUUUAAAAUAAUGCAAAUAUUAAGUACAACUAUGACAAAAUUUCUAUAAUUGACUGAAAAAAAUUAAUUUAUUUGGUAAAAAAAUACAAAA